AUGCCUCGUGAUCCCUUAAUAGGACUUGUUGGCAAGCCCAGUGCCGGCAAAUCAAGCACUCUAAACUCUCUUACGGACGCAACCUCCAAAGUCGGCAACUUCCCAUUCACCACCAUCGACCCCCAACGUGCGAUAGGAUACCUACAGAUAGACUGUGCCUGCCAGCGACACAAUGUCGCUGACCGGUGUAAACCCAACUACGGCGCAUGUGUCGACGGCAAGCGCAGCGUCCCCAUCGAGCUCCUCGACGUCGCCGGUCUCGUGCCCGGCGCGCACGAGGGCAAGGGACUAGGCAACAAGUUCCUGGACGACCUCCGCCACGCCGACGCCCUCAUACACGUUGUCGACGUCUCAGGCACGACGGACGCAGAAGGAAAAAACACGAGGGGCUACGACCCAAGCGUCGACAUAGCGUGGCUGCGCAGCGAGAUCGUGGCAUGGAUCAGGGGCAACCUGAUGCAGCGCUGGGGCAGCAUCCGGAGGAGGCACAUGGCUGUCAAGGCGACGGCGGUGGAGACGCUGCAGUCGCAGUUCUCGGGCUACGGCAGCACGUCCAAGGUGGUGGCGCGGACGCUCGACAAGCUGAAUCUGAAGGAGCCGCUUGAGGCCUGGAGCGACGAGACCAUUGACCGGGUGGUGAACGCAUUCACGGACGAGAAGUUCCCCACCGUCAUCGCGCUCAACAAGAUCGACCACCCGGACUCGGACGCCAAUAUCGCGCGGAUUGCAAAGAUGCAGGACCCCAACACGAUUGUGCUGUGCAGCGCUGUAUCGGAGAUCUUUCUGCGCAAGCUCGCGAAGCAGGGCUACAUACGGUACACUGAAGGCAGCGAGUUUGUAGACACAAGAGAAGACCUCAUCGCGGACGGCGAUCCUGACGGCGGAGGGCUGAAGGAGCUCGACGACAAGAACAAGACGAGGAUAGAAAACCUCAAGGAUAUGGUGCUGUAUCGGUUCGGCUCGACGGGCGUGGUCCAAAUACUGGCCAAGGCUGCUGAGCUGCUGGGCCUGGUGCCGGUGUUCCCUGUGCGGAACACGACAUCGUUCAGCUCAGGGGCGGCAGACUCAAAACACGUGUUCAGGGACUGUGUGCUCGUCAAGAAGAAUAGCACCGUUGCAGACGUGGCAAGAAAAGUUAUGGGUGAUGCGCCCAUAGCUUACAUUGAAGGGAUUGGAAACCAGAGGGUCGCCGAGGACGACACUAUCUCCAUCGGCAAGAACGAUAUCUUGUCAUUCAAAGUUGGGCGAGCAUAA